AUGAGUUUUUAUGAAUGUUCCUUGUAUAAAAUAAUUAGAAAACUUGUAUAUAAAUAUCGUUUGGAUGGUUUUGAAUAUAAUUUAGAUAACAUUAACUGUUUUAUUUACAGUUUAAAUAAUUUGAUGAGAUUUACACUUUUUUAUAAUCAGCUUAAACAAUCUUUAAAUUCGGUUAAGAACAAUGAAAAGAAUUUACAAAUUGAAUACAAUAAUUUGGUAGAAUUAUUUUGUAGAGAAAUAGACGAAUUAAAAGAUUAUAUAAACACGUUUAAAGAUAAUUAUUUUAUUGAAAAAGAGAGAAAAACAUAUUAUUUCAGUAAGUAUAAAUAUGAUUAUAAAAUAACCAAUAAGAAAGGUAUUUGUAGUAUAGAAGAAUUUAAAAAUAAUUUAAGAGUACUUGGAUCUGAUUAUUUGUUUUUAAUUAGAAACUAUUGGAUAUUAACGAAAACAAUAAAAGACAGAACUAUGGCUGUGUUUUUAUAUGAACAUAAAAAUUUAUUAUUAAAAGAAUUCGAAAAGUACAUUAAAAAAUUAAACUAA